UCCACGCACGGGCCCCGCCUGCUCAUCAACGCCUUGGUUGUCAUGGUGAGCCCGGGGCGCUGCAGUGGAGUCCGGAAGUCUCUGAGCAGGCAGUGCAGAGCUCGAGGUCCCAGGAGGCUCUCGUUGCUAUGGUGAUGACUCCGCGCGGGCCCUGUGCCAGCCACAUCCAAGGACUGGAGGAGGGUCCAGACCCCGCCCCCGACGUCAGGAUUCGGGAGCUGCGAGCCAGUCCCGCGAGGCCACUGUUGUUGUGGUGAUUUGCAGCGGCCUGCGCGCCAGAACCAGGUCUUUGCAGCUUUGAACACUGGAAGAAUGAGGUCCUCUUGGACCCCUCUGGGCCCCCCUGUGAGCCAGGACCGAAUCAUCACCAGCUUCCCUAAGUGGUACACGCCGGAUGCCUGCCUGCAGCUCAAGGAGCACUUCCACAGCCAGGUCAGCACAGCCUGCCAGCACAGGAACACGGGCACUGCUGGGCUCAGACUCUCCAAGGUGGUGGUAGUUGGCGAUCUCUACGUGGGAAAGACUAGCCUCAUUCACAGGUUGUGCAAGAAUGUUUUCGACCGGGAUUACAAGGCCACGAUCGGCGUAGACUUUGAAAUCGAGCGCUUCGAGAUCGCAGGGAUUCCCUACAGCCUCCAGAUCUGGGACACAGCCGGACAGGAAAAGUUCAAGUGCAUUGCGUCUGCCUACUACCGCGGUGCCCAGGUGAUCAUCACAGCCUUUGACCUCACCGACGUGCAGACUCUGGAGCAUACCAAGCAGUGGCUGCAGGAUGUGCUGAGGGAGAAUGAGGCAGGUUCUUGCUUCAUCUUCCUCGUGGGAACCAAGAAGGAUCUCCUGUCAGGGGCAGCGUGCGAGCAGGCGGAAGCAGAGGCCGUGCAUCUGGCCAAUGAGAUGCAGGCAGAGUACUGGUCUGUGUCGGCCAAGACGGGAGAGAACGUAAAGGCGUUCUUCAGCCGAGUCGCCGCCCUAGCCUUUGAACAGUCUGUACUUCAGGACCUAGAGAAGAGGCCCAGCACCCAGUCCCAGGUCGGAGAUGGAGAUGGAGACCUAAUACGAAUAGAGGUACCGAAGACGCAGGAGCACAAGAGGCCACCUGGCCUGGGUUGCUGUUAACUGAGGCCAGCGUCAGAGCCAUCACAGGGUGUGACAUAAAGCCCAAGCUCUUCAGUGGACAUGCCUUAAAGCUGGAGAAGCCCUGUGUCUCCAGAGCCCAGCCAUUUCUCUUUAGCCACUGGCUGCUGAAACCCCAUACUGCCUGGCUGGUGGAUGGGCACCAGGGUGAGCCUUCUCUAUAGGGUCUUCAGACUGUCUCCGUGUUCUUAAGAGGCUCCAAGACUGCAAACUCGGGACACCUCGGGCUAGCCCACGUCCCUCACCCAAUCACACCAAUAACUGUGGGGCCCUUCCGUGUGGAUCCUCUGGGAUCUCCAUGUCCCAAGCACGGAGACUUGUCAGAGUGGGCGAGUAAAACUAACCUGUCAUCCCA